GGGCGCCGAGCGCCGCCUGCGGGAGGCGAGGCGGCCGCUUCCGGGGGCGCCUACGGAGAGUGGGAAGGCGGCGGGGGCCUGCGGGGGGCUCCGGAGGCGGCGGAGGGUGUUCAGGACUUCAAGAGAGCAAAAGCUGUGCAGGAAAGACAUAAAAAGAUGUGGAAGCGCACACCGCCUCUGCAAGUGAUGAGUAGAGUUUGAGGUGAUUGAAUGGGUCUUCUGAGGCAUAGUUGCUGAAACUAACAGAAAAUGGCAUAUCGAAGAGAUGAAAUGUGGUCUGAAGGACGAUACGACUAUGAAAGAAUUCCAAGAGAACGUCUUCCUCCAAGGAUUCAUCCUGACGAUGAUUACCAUCGAGUAGUAAACAUCGUGCCCAAGAAACCACCACUGCUUGACAGACCUGGAGAAGGGAGUUACAGUCGGUAUGACGAUUACAGCCAUGUUGAGUACAGGGACUACGAAGAGGGUCGCAGUUUUGCCCAUGAACGAAGAAGUGGCCCACCACACCGAGGCGUGCAUAAGGAUGAAUCAGGAUACAGAUGGCCAAGGGAUGAUCAUUCUAUAAGUCGGCAGCCUGAAUACAGGGACAUCAGAGACAGCUUCAGAAGAAAAAGCUUCUAUCCUUCUCAUUAUAUGAGAGAGCGAUCCCCUCAUAAGAGGGACUCUCCUUUCUUCAGGGAAUCGCCAGUGAGCCGAAGGGAUUCUCCACACAGCAGAUCUGGCUCUAGUGUCAGCAGCAGGAGCUACUCUCCUGAAAGAAGCAAAGCCUAUCCUUUUCACCAGUCCCAGCAUAGCAGAAGUAUGUCAUCUUUACAUAAAAGAAAUAUUUCUUCUCAGCAAGGUAAAGAGAGGACUUCAGUUCAGACAUUGAAAACGUCAAGAGAUGCAUCACCUUCGGGUUCCACAGCAGUACCAUCAUCAAAGGCCUUGGAUAAGAGCAACAGGCUAUCAGAAAAGGAACUCGCAGAAGCCGCAAGCAAGUGGGCAGCUGAAAAGGCAGAGAAGGUGGAUGAAAGCAGUUUACCUGAAAGAACAGAGUAUGAUGCUGGAUCUUCAGCUCCAUUGUAUGUCGAACAAACAGAGGAAACAGAAACAAAUAUAACGGAUAAUACGGAAUUAUAUGAGGAUGGCCAGCUUCUUUGCCGCUCCAAAGCAAUUGCAACUAAGACCAAGGAGAUUGAACAGGUCUACAGACAAGACUGUGAAACCUUUGGCAUGGUAGUGAAGAUGUUAAUCGAUAAAGAUCCAUCGUUAGAGAAGUCCAUUCAGUUUGCUCUGCGGCAGAAUCUGCACGAGAUAGGUGAGCGAUGCAUUGAAGAACUCAAACAUUUCAUUGCCCAGUAUGAUGCCGCCAACCAGGAAUUAUCAGAAUCUUUCAAAGAUGGCCCCUACUAAGGACGGAAAUACAAUUUUAGAUCUCUGCGUUUCGUAGGCUGUAAUACAUAAAUCUGCUUUUUGCGGGGAAAGAGGAGUUCCAGCUGGAGAUUUCAACCCAAGGCCCGUGCUUCUUCUUACCAUCUAAGACGGCUGUACCUUGUGCAGCGCGGUCUCCACAGUUGUAUUCUUCCUACCUGUACUUGUUGACGUAAAUUCCUUUGAAAAGGAUGUUCUUUUCAAAAACGCCAUAAAGUGACAAACUAUUUUUGAAACCUUUACACAGUUACCGAGGAAAAACUGUUCAGUCUCACGUAUGUACACUGCUGUUUUGAUGUUUGUAAGUGUAACUACAAAACAACAUUUUUUAUUAAAAUAAUAUGAAGCAGUUCUUCGUUCCUCAACUUACGCAGAAAUGUGUCCUGGUUUCAUAUAUACAAUAGGAAGGGAAGACUUGCAAAAUUGCUCACAGCUAUGAUUUAAGUUAUUUAUUAUAGUUUAAUUUUGAACUUCAAAUUCAUUCUGUAAAAUUGCACCAGGGGUUGUUCCUGGUCUUUGGCUGCCAGAGAAACUCUGCCUGCUUGAUGCAAGAAGUGAUGUAUUUUUGUUCUACUUGCAGGUUCUGCAAAUGCCUUUUAUAUUUUGGUGUUUUCCGUAUCACGAGCCAUUACUAGUAAGCAGUAUUAUGUAGAAUUAAUUCAAUUUUUCUGUUAGUAUUUGCAAUUAAAUGUUUUCUGUUUUCUUUUUUCUUUUUUUUUUCUGACUAUACCUUACAGAGUGUAACUGCAGGCAGACACUGAGCAAGGCAAGGUCUCCUCUUUUGCCCUUUUCUCCUUUAUGCCUUCUCACCACUUUUUUGUGCAUCAGUUUUAACAAUUAUGAGUCUCUGUAAUCAACAAGAAGGGGCAGGAAUUUGGGGUGGCAAGGUGGGGCACGGACUGUCUCUUUAUGUAGUAACUCCAAGUUGCUUCAGAUUAGGUAUAAUGUGAAGUUGAACCCUAAAUAGGCCCCAAAUUGAUCAUCGUUUCAAACCCAAAUGAUCCUGGGUAAUGUCUGCAGCCAUUUUUGACCUGAUAGUUACUUGUAGCUGGGGAAAAAUUGUUGAGUUAGAGUCAAGAGGCUGCAAGUGCUCUGUGAUGACUUUUUAGAGGUGAAACAUAAUUUAGGAUUCAUUGUUGGUAUGCUGACUGUUGAUUUGUGUUCAUUUAAUGAGAUACUGUUUUUUUAUGAAUGUUCGGGGAAAGGGAGAACUUGAAUCAUAAUCACGAAGAGGUAAACACCAGUGUUUUGUAUACAUUUGUAUUUAGAAACUUGAAACUCUGUAACAGGACAAGCGACUAAAGCUCACUGUUUCUGAAGUGCAUGGUAUUAAAUGAAAAAGUCACCGAAUUCAGACCCUUAUCAAGUAGCUUCUAAGGUUUCAGAGGAAUGCUUUGCAAGAAAGUAGACAAAAUGGCAAGGAUUUUGCGUGUGCAAGGUGUUGUACAUAUCACAGCAUCUUACACAUGCAAAUCUUGAUACGGUGCGUUAAAUAUAUAUAUAUUACAUCAGAUUCCUGAGAUGCCUGAUUAGUUUUAAUGUCAGGUGGGUGUGGUUUUGCAAUUGGCUUUUGUUGGGUUUCUGAAGAGUUCACCUUGCUCAAAGGGGACGACCUGCAGCUUACCUCAUUGGGAGCUGGGUUGUGUGGGCUGUGCAGCCAGUGGAGAAGGCUCACCAAGCCUACUGGAUGCUAAUUGGAGGUGGCAGAGGGGGAAGAAAGGCAACUUGUUGUGGCACAGUAGCUAGACCUGACCCACCCCUUUUGGCAACAGCCUGGCUUGCCAGGAGCAGUCGUGAAACCACAGGCAAAUUUACAUUCAGUUUCUGAGACAGGAAUGUAACCGUCAGGGCUUUGCUGCUUGCCUGUGGACAGGUCAGUCUUCAGGGUGUUACACCGCGGUUUCUGCUUUGGGGUGGAAACACUAAAGAAAAAAAAUACUGAAAUCAUGAUCAAUAUAUUUUUGAUUUAAAAAGUUUGUUGUUAUUGUACAUUGUGUUAGGAGUUUCCUUUGUUCUCCUAGUGAAAUUUAGUCAGGUUUCUAAAAGUGUCUGAUUUUUUGAGUGCUUUUCUAUAAAGUGACACCUAAGCCCCCAAUAGUCCUGUGUUUUUGUGAUUAGCUGAUAGGUCAGUAAGUUAUUUAGGUUGUCCUUAGCAUAUUAUUUUUUUAAUGGAUUAAAUUUAACUCAUAAACUAAGGAGACUCUUGAUUUUUUUUUAUAAAUGCUAUUUCUAUGAAAGGUUUAAUUCACAUUCGUUAGUGAUGAGUAACUGUUUUUCCCGUUUAAUACUUGUCAUUAUGUUGAAUGCUCAUGUCUACCCUUUUGUGAUGUACGCUUUAUGUUGAUGUAAGUAAAAGGUUACGCCACUUAACUUGAGCAAGAUACAUGGCUUUUACUCUUGCUUCCGGUAGGAACGUAUACUUUGAGUUUGAUUUUAUAGCAGUGUAAAAGUUGUCCUUGGUCUUGUGUACAGCCUCAGCGAGGCUGCUGGAAAGGGGCAGGAAAACCACUGGUGGAAGGAACCAGAUGCUGUGCUGGAGGAAUUUUUCUUUGUCACAUUAGGAGCUGCUGAAAACAAAACAUGCUCCUAGCAGCCAUCAGUGUGCAGAUGCCCUUUAAAGAAUAAAAGGGGCAGAGGAAAAUGGAAGGAAUGAAGUGUGGACAUUGCUCCAGCCUCAGCAGAUAACACCAUCUCAGUGGUGAGCUGGCAGCUUUGGGUGACAACUUAAGCUGUUAGGGUGAAGAUCAGCAAUGCAUCACUACAGAUAGAAAAGGAGUUAAUGCCCCCCACGUAUUAGAAGAACUGCUUCCUUGUGACCGUGCUUUUUGUGCAGGAUUUCCUCUUUUGGUGGGGAUGAGGGUAAUGUAUGGCCCUAGCAUUUCUCACCAUCCAUCAUGAAGGUGUAAGCUCCACUUGGAAUAUCGCACCCCUUCUAGUAACACAAAGCAGAACUUAGUUUUGGCAACUGUACCGGUGUCUAGUGCAAGUAGCAGACGCUAUAGCCCAUACCCUUUUCUUUUAUUAAGCUGGAAGAAUGGAUUAGAAACGUUUAAAAGAAGCGUUUAAAAAUAAUGAAAUAGAAAUCUUUUAUGUUAAGCUGAAAAACCUAAAAAGUUGUAUAGCCAUCUUCAACUUAGUGAGUAAUAUUUCAAGUGGAUGGAAUUACAGAAAGCAAACCCGUUUCAUUAAGCGUGGGUGCAAGCACCUGUUAUUCUUUGCCUGCCAGGAAUGUCUCUCAAUGUUCCAUUCCUCAGCAAAACACAGCUUUCUAAAUGUUUCUAAUAUUCCUAAUUACUUGUGGUCCUGCAGCCUAGGAGAGGCAAGGGAGAGCUUUGUGCCUUAAAGCAGAGAGGGCUGAACGAGCUCUGAAGUUGCUCACCCAGGGGAAGGUAAUCACGGGGGAGCACUGCUGCCCUGGGCACCGUGCUGUGCAACCUUCCCGUCCCUGACGAGGUUUGCUCACGAGGGAGAAGAGUUCACAGCUCUUGCCUUGGGCUGGAAAGAAUCGCUGCUGUUUGUUUAGCAAAAGAGCAGCACUGCAUAAUACAAACAAAGGUUUAUUUCACCCCGCUCCCCACACACGUACUCUCUCUUGUACAGACAAAUGUGCCUCUACAUCUUUUUUUGAGUAAAGCUGAGCCCAAGAAAAGGCCUCUAUCCACUUCCAAAGCUUCUAGAUGAAAAAUAAUAAUAAUAAAAAAAAAAAAAGAGUGGUGGGAAGGGGUGAAGUGUCAUUAGUUACAUCACUCAUUUUAAAGUACCAGGAGCCUUUGCGAGAGGAGCGUUUCCCCUGCUCCAGUAAUGAAACCUUUAGUCCAAAGUUAUCCUUGGUUUGCUUGUUUGUUUUACUAAGGGUAAGGGGAAGAGUCAUCUUUCAACUCACUUAUUUGGAGGUUUAGAGGAGGUACUGUGCAAGCUGAUGCUCUGAAUAUAGCUUAUAAAGAGUACUAGGGCUGUGAUUGCUGCUCGUUAACUUUUUGGUUUUUUUUUAAACAACUAUUCAACAAUCUGUGGAAAAAUGUUUACCAUCUAACACUCCAUAAGCCUUUGCACUUUGGGAGAGAGCAUGUGCUGCAUCCUUAGAUGGUGUGGGAUCGGA